AUGGCGGAGGCCCCAAAGAAGUUGGUCAGCUUGGAGAACUUCACGCAAUGGACGAAGGACUGCGGCGUGAAAUGUAUCCAAAAGCAGUAUGAUGAGAUGGCCAAGUCAGCGAUGCAGAAUGGACGAACGCUGCAAGCCGAGAUGCAAGCUCAGGGUUUCAAGGAUUUCCAUGCCUUCCAGAAAUCUUGCCCUCGGUUCCGGAAGGGCUGCUGGCCGAUUGAGCUGGCAGAGCUGGGCAGUGGCUAUGUGCUCUACUUUCAGUUUCUGGGCUUCCUGAUGUGCAUAUUCUUCGUGCAUCUAUGCUUGCAGGCGCCCGUCAUGGCUGUCUAUGCUGAGGGAAGCAACCUCGCGGACUGGUACUGGAAUGACGACUGGACAAAGGCAUAUAGCAACGAUCCGGCGGCCUGCGCGUGUAUCGGCAACUCUGCAGGAUACGCCGCUACGUGCGGGGCUUGGGAUCUAAACGAUUGCCCAGAGUCGUCAAACUGUAGCUUCGACAACCCGGGGCUCUGGGUGUGUCAGAGCUGGUGUUAUACCUCCAAGUCAUGCCCCAGAAUUGACAGCGUGGACGCCUCCGUGCGAAAUGCCUACAUUAGCGACGGCGGCAACACUUUGGUAAAGGCGUAUUCCGCAUGCACCCAGAACAGCACGCUUCUUGAGAAGUGCAACGGCUACCCCAAUGUGGAGUACGCGGGGAACGACACGGCAACAAACCAGGCGGUGUGGAUUGGCACAUGGUGGCUGUCUCCCGGCAACACCGGUCCAGACGAGGCUACGAGUGCCUUGAUCCCAACGAUGUACACGGUUUGCCUCAUAGCCCUGUGCGUGCUCGUCGUCAUGGCUUACAGUAGCCAGGUCUUGACGGACUACAAGGUGGAUGCUGGUACGAUCUCCCCCAACGACUUUGCCAUCAUGGUGAAGGGACUUCCGUCCACCGCCACUGAGGAGGAGGCGAUCAUGGAGUUCUUCAAAGAGCAUGCCGUGAAGGGAAAGACAGACACGGAGAUCGUGAAGGUUGUAAUCGGCUGGGAUAUCGAGGAGUUCCGGGCAAAUAUUCAGCAGCUGAAGGAACUGAAGAAAAAGUUGGAUGAGAAGGAUAGUGCGGACCCUGAGGUGAAGACCAUCAAGGCAGAGAUGGUGCAGAUCACCACUGCAUUGAAGUCCGCGGGUACCAAGGAUGCGAAGUUGCGUUCUUCGGGAGUUGUGGUGGUGGUCUUCCGUCACCAGAGCGACAUGCGAGCUUGUUUGAAGAAGCCUGGCUGGCAUGAUUAG